CACAGUCGUGAAAUGCAAGCCGUAGUCGAACGCAGUCGUGCUUCUUCGCGCGCGUGAACGGAAUUGAAUUGUUCGGGGUUGGUGCUGCCUUUCGAUAUUCUCGCAUUAUUUCCCUCUAUCACCGGCCACGGUACGAACGUGUUCAGCGGUGUUCGGCGUUCGUAACGACAGAAAAACGGAAGUGUUGGCCCGCAAAGAGGCAAAAUAAAACAGGGACAGCAUCAAGCAAGUUAGCGACGAUUUUGUUAAUUACAAGCAAAAAUAUAUAUAUUAUCCACCGGAAACUGUGUGUGCGUCUUAGAAGGCUGUGGAAAUUGAUUCCGAGUGUCACACCGUGGUGCAGCAAACACGGAUUGAUAGUGCGUUUUCGCCCACGAAUAGUGUGUGUGUGUGCGUUGGGUGGUUUUGUGGCCCGCGUAACGAGAAAAGCGAAUUCCGAUCGGUUAACGGUGUACCAAACGUGCAAUCAGCGCGAUUUUUUUUUUCGAAAAGUGUUUCAGUUUUUUUUGGUUCCACUGUGUGUGUGCGGCUUGUGUGUGUGUGUGUAGGUGUGUGAUUGUGCGAUUGAUAGUGCAUGUGAGAGAGGAAAACAAAACCCUCUAACCGCCAGGUGGGAGCAUAGAAAAGUGCAAGCUUUCCCCACACACGCACACCGAAAACCGGCAAAAGAGAAGAAGCAAUAGGGAGGGAAAGAGAGAGAGAGGGAGAAGGAGUUAGAAAAUCACUCCCCCACCCCUUUCUGGAACAACGCGCACUGCACGACACAACAACCGCAUUCGGCGCACAAGCGAGGCUCGAGACGAGACAGUGAAGAUGGAACCGGUAGAUAAACGGGCCACCACCACCACCACCACCUCCAGAUCAUCGAUGGCCCGACGUCCAGCGACGCUAGCACAAUGCACACUGGUCGGAGUAACGAUGUGUCUAUUGCUUCUCACAGCGUCCGUCGUACAGACAGGACCCGUGAUCCGAUCGCGUCGCAUGAUUCGAGAGAUUUACGUAGACAACUCGGCAGCGUCCCCGGCGGCACCAGAAACCACUUCGUCGGAAGUUCCUAGCAGCAGUGCCAACAACGUAACAGCAACGGACAUGUGCCUAUACGAUGGUUCCUACAUUGAGCGAUCGGCGAUAGCAUGCGAGAAGAAGCACGGUUGCCGUGCAAUUCAGAAGACCGGCGAAUGCUGUCCAGACUAUCAGUGUGAGUGUCAACGAGAUGGCAAAACGUAUGCCAAUGGCGAGAAAGUCUUCGACCCGAAUACUCCGUGCCGUGCCUGUUACUGUCAAGGUGGCGAAAUUACGUGCAGUGAAGUGAGCUGCUACAAGCGAAACGACUGCGAUCCGAAGUAUAUCCCCGGACGAUGCUGCCCAGAGUACGACAACUGUCCUCCGCUAGAAAACUUCAAAAUAACGGAGUCCGGUGCGAAGGAUGCAGCAAACACCGAGCGGCAGGAUGAGGAAACGAACGAGGUGAAGGGGAACUAUGCCGUCGAGGCGGAAGACCUGGCUGGACUUCAAAAGCACCAGACAACGACGACGACACUUCAACCUGCCGUUACGCCGUCGAUGCCCAACGAUAACCCGCUCGGUAUCAAGAUCAAAGAAAUCACGAAAGUGGAAGAGAUUCGUCUGACCGACAAUCGCCCCAGUGCUGAAGAGCAGCAGCAGCAGCAGCAGCAGCAGCAACAACAACAGCAGCAACAAUUGGCAGCUAGUCGCGAAACAACCGUCCAGCCAUCUUCAUCACAGAGCGAGGAGCUUAUAAAUCUCGAACAUCUAGACGUCAACGUGCCGGACGAUGAUGGUGAGAAUGGGACGAAAAUUGUCCGCCACACCGACGCCGAUGAGAUGCGCUCGGAUGUGGACGGCGAGCGGAAGGAUGCGAGUGAAGAAUCGCUCAAAACUACUUCGGCGGAAAAUCGGCUAGAAUCGAACGAAGCGUCAACCGUCGGUACGGUGUCAUCGACCCUAUCCGAAUCGGACGAAUGGAUGGAUGUGAAGGAAUUCGGCGACUCGUCUACCUGGACGCCAAGCUCCUUUGCUGUUAGCACCACCACCACACAAGCACCCUCGCUAGCUCCGUCGACCAGUGGGCCAUCAUCGCGCGAUGAGGAAGUCGUGUCCGAGAGUAACAUGAAGCCAUCGAAGCAGGAUAAUGCCCUGCCAGCAGUGGUUCAGAUCGGUGAUAAGCUGGUAAUUGUGGACCACAACCAACCGAAACCCAUCACCGUGAUCCAGGUGGAAGAGGUCGAAGGUCUGCAGCGUGGAGAGGAUGACAGCGUGUACGAUCAGGAGAUGUACACGGAGCGCAAUCAUCAUGCAGCAGCUGAGAGUGGUCGGGAAUCGUCCAAGAAACUGAAGCUACAUCAUUCGGCCGAUUUGGAGCAGGAGACGCUUUCAACGCAGGCCGAUUCAAGUGCGGCUUACGAAACGGUUUACCAUGCAGGGUCCACAGAACAGGCUGGUGGCGGGGUGUCUUCGGAGGAGAUUUUCGAAACGCAACUCUACACCGAAGGUCCUGAGGAUGCAGCGAUCUCAGCGGAACGAAACGAUACACAACAGGGAGAGCCAUUGUCGGUGAGCAAGGAAGAGUUCCUGCACAUGGGAGACUCUCAAGAACCGGCCAAGCUUCAGCAGGAAGAAGAACACACAACAAGCGCUGCCAUCGGAAGUUCCAGUACGUCCUACAGUAGUGUUGAGGAGGGUAGUACCACAAUGUCCGAUCUGCCGGUAUCUCUCAGCUCGGAAGCAUCAGGCGAUGAGAUGAUCUACGAUACACAUUUCUACACCGAAGGACCCAGCACAUCUUCGGAGGAGCACGGACCAACGCUUGGCACUGGUUCGGAAGAAACGUCCACCGCCGGAAGCACAUUCAUCCCGCGCCACCCGGUUCCCGUAGCGGAUGAGCUAGCUACGCAACGCGAAACGUACAUCGAGGACAACGAGCAUGAGCUCAUCCAUCCGGGCUUUCAACCCAUCCCGGAGGAUUUCAGUCUACCGCAGCUUGACCAGCCAGCGAUGGAGAUGGAAAUGGACCAUCAGCCAGCAUCGCCUAGCAAAAGCGCGCCAGCUAAGCAGGAGAAGAUCCUAUCCGAAGUGUUCGACCUGAAGAGCAAUAUGUCCUCCACAACCGCAUCGCCCGUAACCGGUAGCUCGGAGUCAUCUACUUCAGAAGCUGGUGUGCCCGCGAGCCAGGAAGAAACGUCCAACUCUCCUGCUUGGUUGAAGGAAGAUCCACAGCCUCAGCUGAGAUCCCCAGGCGAACCACUGCUCAUCCCCGAAUGGGAACGUAAGAAUGGUACCAACAACAGUAGCUCCUCGGAGGAAGAUCAAGAUCAGGAUGCAAGCGGCGCCGGUAGUGCACCCAGUGACUUCCAAAUGCUGAAGAUGGGCUCGGACGAGUACGUGGACGCCGGUGAGGGUAGUGGUAGCGCACCGUCAACAUCUGCCGCGCCCAUGUCAGCAAAGUCUUCGGCAGUGCCCGAGAAUCGUUCGGAAGAGGAGGAAGACGAAAGCAAAGCGAAGGAACCAACGGCUGGUGGACUGGAGCUGGGUUCGGCCGCGAACUCUUUGCUCGAUAUCGAUUCUCCCAUGUCGUCGGCAAACGUGACCGACGACCAGUCGGACAGUGUGAAGCAUAAUCCAAAGAACGAUGUGGAGAGUUUGAAGUACGAUGAGGACGAAAACAAUGCCACCGCCGACGAAGCCAUCCCGAAGAAGGUGCAGCAGCUGGAACCAAGCGAACGGGCAGUGACGCCCACAUUGACCAGUGUCUGAGUCCUGCAACGUCGGCUGCAAAAUCCUGGUGCCAGUUUAACGUUCUCCCCGGUAGCACAGUGACGCUCCUCAAUAUGGGUACGACCCGACUGCUGGUGUGCGUGUGUGUGUGUGUGUAUGUGGUAGUAUUUCUGCUCCAACUGCAGAUGUGCCAUCAAAUUGUAGAUUUCUUACCCAAACCUCAAACAUCGAGCUGGUAAGACGGGCAGGAUAGAGUGUCUUUACGUCCGUUUCGGCUCUGCAACGUAGGAGUUAUGUACAGUCUCUUGUGUGAUUGGUUCAAAUUCUGUAUGGCGUAUAAAAAUUGGAAAACCCCCCCCUCCAUUUUGUGCAAAUUAUUUAUUCUCGCACCACACAUUGUUCCAUGUAUCAGUCGUGUCUAUGUUUAGUGCUUAUGGGAAGAAUUGCUUCCCAAAGGAGCCUGUUGCGGUACGUCAACCGUGAUGUACUGUAGAUAGUGUAAGGCCUUAUUUUACUAACGUCCACACCGAUAUCCACUUCUAUCGGUGGUGGCCAAAAACUGGGGUGGGAAUAACCGGGUAUGUGAUAAGCGAGACGAAGCAUCGUCGGUAGAGUGAUGGGAAGCGUUCCAAUGUGUUUUGUUUUCUUUCCCUUGCGAUUAGAGCCAUGCAUGCCGGUUUUACUUUACACUUAGGAGACUGUUGUGUUUAAGCAGAGGUUCGCUAGCAAGUACGUAUUUAUUAAAUGUCACGCUAUUUAUAUAUACCGCCGGUUUCGUUUCAUCAAAAUUUCAUCCCGCCACCCCAGCAGUACACCGGAAAAUUGUCCCUCAUCAAUCGUUCUUUCGUGCGAGCGGCUCCUCAAUGAGUAGAGAAGCGAAUUUCGUAGCGUUAAGGAAUGUAAGGUUUAGAAGCAAAGUGAAAUCAGCAGGCAUAUCUUAAUCCUAACUAUGGUAGUCUCUCUGGGUAGGGGAAUGAAUGGUAGGUUAAUCGGUCGCGAACGGUCGAUUUGUUUAUCACUGUCGUCUGGCGCUAGCAAGGCCACACCGUUUUCAAGCAAGUCGUUUAACAUUAGAACGUUUCCAGUACAGCUGGGAAUAUGAGGUCAGAGAGAGAGAAAGAGAAAAAAAGGAAAGAAGCAUUUUUUAUUCUGAAAAAGCAAAUUAAAAACAAGUUUUACUAGUUUCCGAAACAUAAGAUAAAGAAAACACUACAUAUUACAAUUUUCAAGCAUAGUUAUAUUAUCAUUAGUGCGUAACUAAAUAAUUUGUAUCUGUUGAGAGCGAGAGAGAGAGCGAGAGAGAGCAUUACAGUAGGAAGAGCAGCAACAGCUUAGGUACUACAUGCAGUAAAUAAGCCUAAGAGCAAAAGUAGUUGUUGAUUGGAGGGUAGCUAGAUAGUGAAAUUAACAAUAUUCAAACAAAACUGUAAAAAAAAAAUUACAACAAACCUAUGGAUACAUGCAGAAUGGAAUAAACAGUUCUAUGACAAAGAAUGA